AUGGUGCAACGAGCCACUCAAGGACAGGAGGAGUUGACGACAGACACAGUAAGACAGUUGCAAGAAGCAGCAGGCGCCUACGAACAGAACGUAUGGAGCAGACAGGGAGCAAGGCAAGACCAUCAUGGGAUUUGGAGAUCUCACACAGGAAAAACAGUGGGACCUGCAAAACUCCUCAGAUCAAUCUUAAGGGAAGAGCAUGAGAAGGCUCAUGGAGGAUGGAAAAGUGUCGCAAAAUCAGUUGAGAAAGCAUGGUGGCAUCCACACAUGUUGGACAUGGCAAGAGAGACAUCAGAGAGCUGUGAAGUGUGCAAACAAUACAACAACAAAGUGUCACUUGGAGCAGUGAUAGGCAGCUUCCCAAUACCUGAAGCGCCAUUUCAAGACAUUUGCAUAGAUUUCACGGACAUGGGACAGGACAACAGAGUGGAAGGAAAAAGAUACCUGUUGGUAAUGGUUGACAGAUUCACCAGAUGGGUGGAAGCCAUCCCCACAGCAAGAGAAGACGCAAAGGCUGUGAUUAAAUGGCUGAGGAGGGACCUCAUUCCAAGGUUCGGGGUCCCGCGAAUGGUCCGUUCCGACAACGGUACCCAUUUCAAGAACAAACACCUGAGGGAGGUAGAGCAGGCCCUAGGAAUCACCCACAAGUUCGGGUCAGUAUACCACCCCCAAUCGCAGGGACUCGUAGAGAGAGCUAACCAAUCGCUGAAACGAAAAAUGGCCAAAAUCAUGGCCGGAACUAAACUGAAGUGGGUAGAUGCGCUGCCCCUAGCUCUAAUGUCAAUGAGAAACUCACCUGGGUCUGACACCCAUUUAACGCCCCAUGAGCUUAUGACAGGACGCAGAAUGCCAGGGCCACCAGCAGACAAUCUUAGUAUGCCUAGGCUAGAUAUUGCAAAAAUCAGAUACACAGACUACAUGCAGGCGCUAAUUUCUCUUGUUGAAAGAUUGUCUAAACAGGUGGUGGAAGUGCGCACUCCUGCUGUUGAAACCACGGACGAGAACAGAGACAUCCUGGUGGGAGAUUGGGUGAGAGUGAAGGUGCAUUCCAGAAAGUGGACGGAGCCAAGGUGGGAAGGGCCCUUCCGGGUAAAAGAGGUAUCAAGCCACUCGUUGCGGGUGAACACGAGCAAGAAAGACGUGUGGUACCACAGGACACACUGUGCCAAGGACAUAGUUCCAGGAAGGACUCUAGAUCAGGUACAACAGGACUUGGCAACAGAAGGGGAGUGAUGAUGAUGUUGUGGUUAGGAGUGGGGCUGGCCUUAUGGGGAACAGUAUUCUCAGCUCCCAAUCAGUACCAUAACAUAGUCAUUACCUUACAGGAAGGGGAAUCUCAAGUGAUGUCCCUAGAACCAUGUAAGAUCUGGUCAUGGAGGAAUAGGGCUAGUGGAAUUGGGGACACUGGUUGCAAUUGGAACCAGAAGGAAAACUGUAACAAAAUGUAUCCCCAUGUGUUAAAGAGAGGUACUUAUCUGUGUGAGGGAAAGUGGUGUCCAUAUUGGGACUAUAUGAUCACAAAUGUUGGCACCUUCUGGGAAUGGCGUAGAGGCUAUCCGUAUGCAUUAGGAGAUGCUUCUAAAGCAGCUAGGUUUUCAAUGAUAAGGGGUGUACAGGGGUCAAAAGGGGGUGCAUGUAAAGGUGAUGAAAUCCUACUAACCAUCCAAGACAUUAAACUUACAGACGCAGGUGUGUACACCUUAGCAGCAGUACGAUCCGGACCAGACACCAUGGGUAUGUUCACCAUCGCAGUCACACCCAAACCUGCAGCUGGGGAGAGACAGACCCAGUUGGACCACACCCCCGCUCCAGGACCAGCUCAACUUCAACCCACUAAGCCCUGACGGGAGCAUAACAAAGGCCCUUGUUGGCCUGGAGAAGUUGUCAGCAGAAAUGGAGAGCAUGGCUGGAGUGGAGAGUGGUGGGCUGUUCUCCUGGCUGAGUGACUGGUUUGGUGAGUACUCUUCUAUGGUGGUUACUGGAUUUCUGACCCUAGUAAUUGUGUUUUUGCUGUUAAUGUGUUGUGCUGCUUGCAUCGUCCCCUGUCUCAGGAGGUCAGUGGUAGAAGUGGUGCAGGCAUCAGGUAUGAUGCUGUUGUUACCGGCCCAGGAUGAUGCGGGUGACUCUGCUACUGAUUCUGAGACCAAGCUGGAUGAUCCAUGGUUUGCCUAGUAAAAUAUAUACACGCAUUUAUUUUCAGUUCUUGCUCAUUUAUUACCUUAUGUUUUUACUAACCACUGUGAUUGUUUAUUCCUCCUGAUGUGAAGGUAAAGGAUUCCUGGGUGGCUGGUAGCCAACUCAGUACAUGUUAGGUGUAGGGGAGGAAUAGAGGGUUAAAAUUAUUUUUAUUUUUAUUUUUUAUUAACAUUAAAUGUUGUGCUUUAAUUUCCAUAUCCUGUUAUUCUUAAGGGUGAUUAUACUCUGUUUAGAGUGACACCAUAAAUGGUGUCAAAAGAGGGAAUUCUAAAAUGUCCCUUUAAAAAUAUUUAAUCACACCCUAGAGUUUUAAUAAUCUUGUGUUUUAUGCUUUAUUAAUCAAGUUAACCAUUGGGAAUGUUUGUCUUUCCUUAUGUGAAGGUUUGAAGUGCCUGGGUGACUUGUAGCCAACCGUUUGCAAGUUGGGUGUAGAUGGAAGGACUGAGGGUUUUUAUUUUUUAGUAUCAUUAUGGCCUCUUAAUAAAAGUGUGAUUAUUUUUGUUUGUAUUGUAUUUUAAUGAGUGACACCCUGGAGGGUGUCAAAAGGGGGAUUGUUGGGUUCUAUUUUUCUCAUAAUUGGAUCUGUAUGUGAUGAAUAACUUAGAAGGAAUGCAUUAAUGAGGAGCAUAGGUUUGUACUAUACUGAUAUAAAUUGUUUCACAUAACAGGCUGUGAUUCAUGUAAGGAACGUUAGGGGAAGGAUAGAUAAGACUUGUAUUUCUCACAGAUACGAACACUGCUUCUUUGUGAUCUGUGAACCUUCCAAGGACAUGGGUACUGCAAAAAAAAAGUGCUGACUCUACAGGUUAUUAUGAUAGCAACUUAUGCCUGGGAACGGUGGAGCGCCAAGGGGUGGAGCGCCAAGGGGUUGGGACUAACCCGUGCGCCAACGGAUUGGCUGAGUAAAGUCUAAACCACACUCAGUCCUUUACUCUGAUUGGCCAACAGAAGAGGUGGGAACUCUCUGUCAGAGUAUUUGAGAAAGUACCUGUAAACAAUGGUUUAGUUCUCUGUCUGCCCUGCGUGGUUUUUCAGUGAGCCCGUAUACGAACCUUCAUACUUAUCAUACAUACAUUUUGCAUAUAAUAAAUUUAGCUUGGAUUGAAUAUCUCUUGAUUAUGUUUUCUCUUAUUCCAAUACCAGAUUUGAAUUACGCAAUUUCUAACAACAGAUAAUAAGUUGAACAGUUUUAUAAGGAGGUGGAGUAGCAAGUCUACAGUAACUUACGUAUCUGUGCACUCCACAGCCAUCCAGGGGCACACUGUACAGGUCAGAGGUCAUCCUGUGGGGGGUGCAGGACACGUGACUGUCCGCAGGCAGAGGGGGAGGGAUGACCAUGGGGUCCACCAGAGAGCCAGGGACCGCCAAGACAAAUUGACGCCCCGAUGUACACUCUGAGGGUUGACACACACACACCCUGAGGACCUAAGACACAAUCAGCACAUUGUGGAAAUUAAAGAGUAGUAAAGCAGUUCGAAAACUGACAUUCCCAAAAUACCAAGCAUGUACCCAUGGCCUUGGACACGCUGGAAGACCAUUUCCAUUCCUCCUAUCUCAGACAUUCCCCUGGGAAGUGUUUUGAUGUCGGCGAAACACCAAAAAAGCCAACUGUUAUGGCCUCUCCAUAGCAACACCAAGACCAGUAGUUUGAGAUCGAGAGACUAACCAUUCACAAGGUAAGAGCAGCAACCUAAGAAGCCGUCACAGUCAUGGUGGGACAAGCCACAGGGUGUGUGUGUAUCUGCCUUGAAACCAGGGUCUGUAUACACACGGGAAACAUGAGCGUGAAAAACCCAGCAGUGUUGCAGUUCUUGACACAAACCGGUGCGCCUGGCACCUACUACCAUACCCCGUUCAAAGGCACUUCAAUCUUUUGUCUUGCCCAUUCAACCCUCUGAAUGGCACACAUACACAAUCCAUGUCUCAAUUGUCUCAAGGCUUAAAAAUCUAUAUUUCACCCAUCUCCUCCCCUUUAUCUACACUGAUUGAAGUGAAUCAAUAAGGGAUCAUAGCUGUCACCUGGAUUCACCUGGUCAGUCUAAUGGAAAGAGCGGGUGUUCCUAAUGUUUUGUUCACUCAGUGUAAAAUGCAACAUUAUUAAGCAAAGAAAUUGGUUCAGCAAAUUCCAUGUAAAAGCAAAAAGCACAGUCAAGUAGCCCUGAGUCAUAAUUUCCAUCCCAUGUCAUAGUGCAAUAUGAGUGCCAUGGCUCACCUUUGAUGUGAUCCCACAGGCAGUGAAGGGUGCAGAUAUAAGCAGCUGUUGCCUGUCCAUACUGUAGCCACACUGCAGGGCCAGCGAAAGCAGUGGCGUCCAUUCACCUCUCACUGCAGGGGGAAACCAACACAUCUCACAUAAGACCUGACAGUAUCCCCGCAAACUCAUGAUAGCAGCAGAAAUAUAGUUACAGAAACAUUGGAUUCAGUCCAAAUUAUGCCUCUAAAUCUGUCUGUUCAGCAGCCAUAGCGUGCAGGCUAUGUACAAUUGUGAUACAUUAUACAAUAUAACUCCACACUUACCCUUGACUCUGAGCUCCUCUUUGGCUCCAUGUCCUUGCAAUCUGACAGUCAUUCCCUGAGACGAGCAGCAGAGGGAGGAGGGGGCCAGGGCCUGAGCCUGGGACACUGGGCAGGACAUCUUCACAGGGGUCCCUCUCCAGAUCAGAGGCAACACAUAACUACCAUCCUGUCAGCAGCACCGCAGGCCACAGGAAAGGAGUGA